AUGAAGAGUCUGGAUGAGUCUCCUGGGAGUGAGGCUGCGGAAAAGAACAAGGACUGGGAGAGAGAAAAUCAAUCAGAGACAUCCCAUAAUAAGACCCUGCUCCUUCCUGAUCGAUGGAAACCAUGCCGACAGACGCAGGCAACAGUCAAAGAGUGUCUGUGGAAGUUGAGCUGCUGUCUGGGAUCAGUGUGUGGGAUGGAGUGGUACUGCUACGCUGCUCUGGGCAUUCUGACUGCCACCCUCAGCUUCUUCAUCGACCUCAGUGUAACAAAGCUGAUCAAAACUCACCAGUGGUUAUAUAUGAAACUGGACGGAAACAGUCUGCUGCAAUUCCUCUGCUGGACACUUUACCCAGCAUGCCUCUGUGCUGUUGCAUCAUCCUUCUCACACAACAUCUGUCCCUUCUCCACAGGCUCGGGGAUCCCGGAGGUGAGGACCAUGCUGUCGGGCGUUGAAAUGCCUCAUUACUUGUCUCUCACUAAUAUGUUUGCCAAGUUGCUCGGCCUCAUCUGCACACUGUCGGCUGGCAGCACUGUUUUCCUCGGCAAAGUGGGUCCAUUUGUGCAUCUUUCCACCAUGCUCGGAGCGUACCUGAGCAACCUCUGCACUCUCAUACAUGCCAACAAGAAGGAUAAGGCUGACAGAGAGAUGCUGGUUGUAGCAGCUGCAGUUGGGGUCGCCAGCUGCUUCGGAGCUCCCGUCAGCGGAGUUUUGUUCAGUGUAGAGGUGAUGAGCUCUCACUUCACCCUGAGGCAUUACUUCCCAUGUUUCUUCUCUGCUGCCUGUGGGGCGCUGACCUUCCGCCUGUUCUCAGUGUGGAGCGGAGAUUUAGAGACUCUUCAGGCAAUGUUUAAAACUAAUUUCUCCACGUCCUCACCUUUCCACCCGUUGGAGAUUCUGCUGUUUGCUCUGCUGGGGCUGCUGUGUGGAGCUGUGAGCUGUUUCUUCCUCUUCCUCCACCGGUGGAUCUUGAAACUCACCAACACAAACCCGUUCCUCAUCAGGAUGCUGACGACAGAGAAGGGUCUUUACUCCGGCAUGGUGGUCUUUCUCCUGGCAUGUGUGACAUUUCCAAACUCUGCUGGUCACUACAUGACUUCUGAGCUCUCCAUGAAGAAGCUUCUCACCUCCUUAUUGGAUGACAGGCAGUGGAUCUCACUAUCCCACAAUGCAUCUGUUCAGCCUUUGUUAGAGUGGAGCUCAUCAGGGAGUCCUGUCUACCUGUCUCUGGCUGUCUUUCUGCUCAUGAAGAUGUGGAUGUUAGUCCUCGUCUGCACUCUGCCUCUGCCAGCUGGAUACUUCAUGCCAGUGUUUAUUUACGGUGCAGCUUUGGGUCGUUUGCUUGGAGAAGGAGUAGCUUAUGUUUGUUCCACUGGAGCGACUACAGAUCAACAUUGGGCUUCUAUAAAUCCUGGGGGCUACGCACUCGCUGGCGCAGCAGCCCUCUCCGGGGCUGUCACACACAGCCUGUCUCCAGCUCUCCUGGCUGUAGAGAUAACUGGCCAGUUCAGCCACGCCGUUCCCGUCCUCCUCGCCACCGUGCUGGCCAAUGCCCUGGCUCGCUCGAGGCAACGCCCAUCUUUCUAUGAUGCAAUCUCUAUCAGCAAAAAGCUCCCACACCUGCGCUCUCUGAAGAAAGCAUUUCCCUGGCUUCCCUUCACAUCCAUCAGUCAGGUUUUGAGAGCGAAUCCUGUGCAGCUUCAAAAAGCAGCAGAGCCAGAGGAGGUUCAGCAUGUUGUCAACACCUGCACGGAUGCACAAAUCCCUGUGGUGGACUCACACGAGACGCAGAUUCUGCUGGGGUUUGUUCUCCGAUCAGAGCUGAUGACAUCCCUGAGUCACUGGAGGACCGAGACUCCAGAGAAACACCUGGAUGAGGUCUGCAGCAUUCACCCGACAUCCGUCCUGCUGUCACCUCAAAAUACCAUUCAGGAGGCCCACAGCAUCCUGAACCUCCUCGGAGCUCACACCUUGUUUGUGGCAGACAUGGGGAAGCUGGUCGGGGUCAUCACAUGGCCAGAGAUGACGGGAAUAUUAAAGGAUUUAGUCAAAGAAAUCUAA